AUGUUAGCACCAAGAAUUCUAAGCUCUUUCAUCCGGCAAACGCCACGGCGUGUCGCGGUGCCCAACGCAAACACUUUAUCAGCAGCAAGAGUAUCCUGCCUACCGCAACGGUAUCUCAACACAGACACCGCUCCGGUGCUGUACUCGGCCCACGCAACCGUGGUUGGCGCUCGAAAUGGACACAUCAAAGGCAGCGAGGGUCUGCAUGUCAAGCUCUCCAUGCCCACUGCGCUGGGUGGUGAAGGGGGAUACGGCAAAACCAACCCAGAGGAACUAUUUGCCGCAUGUUACGGAUCAUGUUUCCAGUCAGCAAUGAACCUCAGUGCCAAGCAACUCGGCAUCACUAUGCCUAUCGAUCCCAGGGACAGCGUUAUUGAGACAACGCUUCACAUGGUCGGAGACUUGUCCAAAUUCGAUUUGGGAGUCAGGGUUGAGAUGUUGAUCAAGGUUCGGGGCGUUAAGAAGGAGGAUUUGGACAAGGUUAUUGAGAGGACUAGGGAAACGUGUCCGUACAGCAGGGCAACGAGAGGAAACGUGACGACCAAUAUCAAAGUGGAGGAGAUGGCGUAA